GAAUGACGUCACGCACAGAGACAGAGAGUCGAGGCCUCCGUGUAGCGUUGUAAAGUUCAACAUCGCCACUGGGGGAGAGACAAAGGCGGCCGGGCGUGGUGCUGGAUACCGACCCCCUUCAUAGUGCCAAGACAGGAACCAUGAACGAGGGAGGAGAGAUGAAGAUCUACUGCCCGGUCUGCAACUGGGUGGUGAUCAGCUUGCCCGCCCUGGAGGACCACAUGAAGCAGCACAGGGGCCUGACCGAGUCCGUGCUGUACCAGUGCCCCCACUGCCCGUACAGCACGGACAAAGCAGCCACUCUGAUCGGCCACCAGAGGAGCCACGCCGACGAGAAGCUGUACAAGUGCUGGAUGUGCGAUGAAGUUUUUGCAAAUUCGGGAGACUUCUGCUCCCAUCAGAGCGUGCACAUGAAGCGGGCGCGACGCGGGAAGGCAUUCGCCCCACCGCUAGGAGACGUCUCACCGGACGGGAGGAUCCGCGCAGACGAGAGGCCCUACUGCUGCAAUGUCUGUGGAGAGGAUUUCACUCAGUCGCACCACCUCCUCAACCACCAGAGGAUCCACACGAGCGAGAAGCCGUACAGGUGCGCCACGUGUGGCAAGGCAUUCAACCAGCCGGGGACGCUCUUCAACCACGAGAAGACCCACGCGGGCGAGAAGCCCUACGGAUGCGCGGCAUGCGGGAAGCGAUUCGCACAGUCAAGAGUCCUCGUCAUACACGCGAGGACCCACACGGGCGAGAAGCCCUACAAGUGCUCCACGUGCGGCAAGUGCUUCGCCCAGUCGGGCAACCUGUGCAUCCACAAGCGCACCCACACGGGCGAGAAGCCGUACGCGUGUGACGUGUGCGGCAGCUCGUUCACGCAAUUGGGCACCCUCCGCGUGCACUGGAGGACGCACGCGGGCGGGAAAGCCUCCUCCGGGUCGGGGAGCCUCCGGUCACGCCGGCAGGUCCGCGCGGGCUCGAGCGCGUCGACGCUGCCAGCCAGUCCUCCCCUCCUCCGCCGCUGCACCCGUGGGAGGGCCGGGCGUCACGAGGGCGCGACUGCCGCUGGGGAGGUCGUGGCGAGCCUCGGGGGUGAGGGUCCCGCGGCGACCCCCUCGGCGACCCCCUCGGCAACCCCCUCGGCGACCCCCUCGGCAUCGCUAACAUCAGAACGUGGAGAGACCCUCAGCUUCGAGACGUGGCUGGGGGUUAAGGUAGAAUGCGACGGUGAAGAUCCUCCCGCCUCCCUACCGAACAUGAAGCGGGAGCGCAGAGGGAUUGCCAGCUUCGAGACGUGGUCAGGGGUGAAGGUGGAAUUCGACGGUGAAGAUCCUACUGCCUCCCUGCCGAUCGUGAAGCGGGAGCGCGGAGAGAUCGCCAGCUCCGAGACGUGGCCAGAGGUGAAGGUAGAAUGCAACGGUGAAGAUCCUUCUGCCUCCCUACCGAUCAUGAAGCGGGAGCGAGGAGAGAUUGCCAGCGUCGAGAUGUGGCCAGGGGUGAAGGUGGAACAUGGCAGGGGGGAGGAUUCUUCAGUUCCCCUCUCGAUCGUGAAGCAGGAACAGGAAGAAAGCCCCGGCUGUCAGACGCGGCUGGGGUUAAGUUGGCACACGGGAGACCGAGUCUCUGCUUUGGGAACGGAUGUUGAGGUCUACGUGGAAAGAGUGAAGGAGGAGGCUCCAAGCAAGCAUGUCGACGUCACUUUGUCCUCCACAGGUCGUGACGUCAUCACCACCACCGGUCGUGACGUCACGCCGGCGUUGCUUGCUGCCACUUUUCCUCCCCCCCGCUCCACGUCACUCGCACGCGACGGAAGGAAACCGACGGAGAAGGAGCGGAGGCCUGCUAGGACGGGAAUGAUGAACGAGGGAGGAGAGAUCAAGAUCUACUGCCCAAUCUGCAACUGGGUGGUGAUCAGCCUGCCCGCCCUGGAGGACCACAUGAAGCGGCACAGGGGCCGGACCGAGUUGGUGCUGUACCAGUGCCCCCACUGCCCGUACAGCACGGACAAAGCGGCCACUCUGAUCGGCCACCAGAGGAGCCACGCCGACGAGAAGCCCUACAAGUGCUGGGUGUGCGGUGAAGUUUUCGCGAAUUCGGGAGACUUCUGCUCCCAUCAGAGCGUGCACAUGAAGCGGGUACGACGCAGGAAGUCGAUCGUCCCACUGCCCGGAGAUGUCUCACCGGAAGAGAGGAUCCUCGCAGGCGAGAGGCCGUAUGUGUGCACGGUGUGCGGCAAGGCGUUUGUGCGCUCGGACACCCUCGUCAUCCACAAUCGGGUCCACACGGGUGAGAAGCCGUACAAGUGCGCCACGUGCGGCAAGGCAUUCAACCAGUCGACAGCGCUCCUCAACCACAAGAGGACCCACACGGGCGAGAAGCCCUACGGGUGCACGGUGUGCGGGAAGCGAUUCGCCCAGUCGAGGGUUCUCGUCAAACAUGAGAGGACCCACACGGGUGAGAAGCCCUACAAGUGCGCCACGUGCGGAAAGUCAUUCGCCCAGUCGGGCACCCUGGGCAUCCACAAGCGCACCCACACAGGCGAGAGACCGUACACGUGCGACGUGUGCAACAGAUCGUUCACGCACUUGGGCAACCUCAAAGUACACAAGAAGACGCACGCGGGCGGGAGGGCGUUCACGUGCCCCACGCGCGGGAAGGCCUCCUCCGAGGCAAGGAGCCUCCGGGCAUGCCGGAAGGCCCGCGCGGGCUCGAGCGAGUCAACGCCGCCGGCCCGUCCCCCUCUCCUCCGCCGCCGCGCCCGCGGUAGGGCCAGGCUCCACGAGGGCGUGACUGCCACUGAGGAGAUCGUAGCGAGCCUCGGGGGCGAGGGUCCCGCAGCGACCCCCUCUGCGACUCCUUUGGCGACCCCCUCAGCAUCGCUAAAAUCAGAACACGGAGAGACCCUCAGCUUCGAGACGUGGCCAGGGGUGAAGGUGGAAUGCAACGGUGAAGAUCCUUCUGCCUCCCUACAGAUCAUGAAGCAGGAGCGCGAGACUUGGCCAGGGGUGAAAGUAGAACUUGGGGGGGAGGAUUCUUCAGUUCUUCUUUCGAUCGUGAAGCAGGAACAGGAAAAAAGCCCCGGUUGUCAGACACGGCUGGGGUUAAGUUGGCACACGGGAGACCGAGUCUCUGCUUUGGGAACAAAAGUUGAGGUCUACGUGGGAAGAGUCAAGGAGGAGGCUCCAAGCAAGCAUGUCGAGUGAGAGUAAGUCGUCGACUGGGACCUUUGUUAAUUUGGUGGUGUGGGUGGAGGAGAAGCUGAUCGAGAAAGAUCAAUUUAGAAAAAAUGCCGUGCAUUACAUCAGCCAUUCGAAAGCACGAGCGCGUCUGCACGACUGUUAUGGCACGCAAUGUGGAGGCCAUAUUUUUUGCUCUGAGAACAGAUACACGUGAAGUGAAAACUACGUAGACUCUUUGUUUUAUUUUACCAGGUAAAGCCCACCACUGAGCCACGUAGCUCUUUUUAAAUCCUUUAUAUUAAGUUCACUUGCUUGCUUGCGCGCUUACGACUGUGCAAAUCUUUCGGUCGUUUUUUAACCCACUUCCCGUGAUCCAAUCGAGCUGACAUUUUGCACACAGACUCGUUGUGCGUGACAAUUUAUUUUCGUGAAUAUUUUUUUCCAAAAUUUUCCACUUUUUAGGGAAAUUUUUUUUUCAUAUUUAAUUUAAAAUACCAAUGUGAUAAAAAUUGAACUCUUACUCAAGAAAAACAGAAAUGAAUAAUAAAAUAAAACCGAUGCCACGCAUAUAAAGGAUUUAUAGUGAAAAACUUAGUUUUUACGGGUUAAUUUUUUAGAAGUGACUUGGCCAUCACAAAUGAUACCUCAAUGAAGCCGCCUACCAUCACGUGGACACUUAUAGCAGCAGCCAGUUACUCUCUAAACGCCUGGUGAUGUUGAUUCUAAAUGCAUAAGUUCCAAUCGUGACAGGGAGUGCAGCAAAUGCUGCUCAAAACGUGAACGGAUAACAUGGCGGUGGUGACGCACACCCGGACACAAGGUCUCGACUUCAAAGGCCCACAGCUGCUGCUUUGUGAUAGCAAAAUCAAAAGGUGUCCUGACCAAUGACGAGCCAAGGAGCGGAAUCAAAAUAAUUCUGGUGCUUUGUGAGAAGACAGAGCCGAAGAAGAAAAAUGUAGGAUAUAAGCGAAACGCUAAACCACAGAAGUCUGUUCUGCCAGAGGCGGGCUCCGGGACUUGUCCUCGUGACUGGCAAUAAUAUUGAGCUCUAGACCGGUAGACUCCAUGCAUCACAGGGAGUUUUUUUUUUAAUCUUAUUUUCAUACGUGUCAUUGGGUGAGCCACUUCCAAGCAAAGGCUUGCACUCGCAGCAUUGCGAUACAAGACGUGUGGGAGAGAACUGUGAACAAGACUUUCUACAGCCUACACACACGACCAUAGUGUGAGGAUUAUUCCUAUCGUGCUCCGAUCAAAGUCAACAUCUUUGAAGGAAGACCUGAGGCCACCACUACUCGUGAGUGUGCCCAGUACUUAGUCAACCCACAGGCGAAGGAUAGUGAGGGUCGAACCAGAGACUGACACGGAACGAUAUAACCUGAUCUGGAGCGUGUCCACUGAGCAGAGAACGAGACGUACAGACAACUGCUGGAUGACUCUCGGAAAGAGGGGGGAAGACAUGACGGGCGCUGUCUCUCCCAGCCGUUCCUCACUCUGCAAGGGUCAACCGUGUCUGGUGCCAAGGGGGGUGACGCACUGCCGCCGGCGGACGAGCUGCAAGCGAUAUCUGGCGACGUGACCAUCGCGCACAUGACUGUAGACGGAGCCAGACCCAUCGAUCUCUGCCAGCACGGGCACCGCAGUCAGCGUGAGCAGCAUGCCGACUCGACAACCACUGCAGCGGUGGACGCAGAGCCUGGCUGGAUGCAGCGGAGUAAAAUCACAUGCCGUGUGCCGACAUACACCCACCAACCCAACGCAUCCUGCUGGGGACCUGAGGUGUUUUCGUUUCAAGGAAAGACCGCUAUCAAGCCGAUCACCGCCUCUGGACCCCAGAACCACCAAUAGCAGAAAUCGUACGUGAACAUAGUCAAACCAUACUACCCGCUAUAAUUAUUGGACCUCUUGGUGACUGCCCUCCAACACACACACACACAAUGCACAUAUCGGUACAAAUAAGAUUGUUCCGCGGGGUUUUGGUUUCGCAUAAGGUUGCCAUUCCAAGAUGGUGUGUUACUGAUUAACUGGUCGUGGAGAAGCAUUGUUCUGUCCCUGAAGUUGCAUGAAUACGGUCGUUUAGCAGUAUUUUAGUCAUUUGUUUCUUUUCAUCACGUAAUCUUGGCAAUUAAUGCAUUGAUGUCAUACGGGCCAUUGAUAAACAUCUAUUAGCCAAAUCUACACACUGGCAUGUACGCUAUUCUUUCUGGAUAUUUCUUUAAUUGCAUAAGCAUACCAAUUCAUUGAUGUCAUACAUGGCCAUUGAUAAGCGUCUAUUAGCCAAAUCUACGCAUUGUCAUGUACACUAUUGUUUUGGGAUAUAUUUUUCUAAUUGCGUAAUCGUGUCGUUAAAUCCACCACCACCCGACACAGCCAACUAGUAAGGGUUGUCACGUAAACAACAUGCCAAUUUGUCACUAGAACAGCUUGCAAGUGUGUUGGAGAGCCAAGCCACAACAUUUACAAUCUGAGUACAACAUUUUGCCAGUAAUUACAACUAGUUUCAUCAGGCGACAGCCAUAUUUAUGGAGAAGUCCACCUUUUCAUUCCUUAUAUAGAUGCGUAGAUGUGGUGACGAAACUUCUGCGCUCUUGAGUCAACGUAUAUUAUGCUUGCACAUUAUGCUGGCCCAUUGAUCUUGUCCUUCCUGUCCAUUGUGUGUAUUAAAAUAGCCGUCCCAACGGUAAUCCCUAUUGAAGUAUGGUGGCCUGUAUAGGCAUGCAUUUAAACAAUGUAUUUGAUGAUUCGCUUUCACACAGCACUAAGUCGGUAGCUAUCCGAACGGUUAAAAUUAUUUUUAUUUCUUUAAAUAUCGAUUGAUUAUCUAAUUAGUCUUGGCCAGUAGUAGCUAGUUUUGCACAGAACAUGAUAAAAAAUAAAUUGAGUGUCCUUGUUGGCACGCGUGUUCUGCUACUGCUGACAGUUGUAUUUGGGAGUAUUUAAUAUUUAUUUCGUGUUCUUUUAGUCUCGUGCUGAUCAUUCGCCCUAAUUGCCCAACAUAGCAUUUGCCACAAGUGCAGUUAAUCCGAUACUCACCUUCUGUUGAUAGCUUCGGUAAUACCUCUUUUGUACCAGAUAUUAAUUUCUGUAUUUUAUGUACCGUGCCAAAUCUAAUUCGAAUGUUUUGUUUUUCCAAACAUCUGGCUAGUUUAUCAGUUACUCCCGCAAUGUAUGGUAUUUUGAUCGUUUUAAUUACUUGGGAAGUUUCAAUGCUCGUGUUAUUUGAUUUGAUUGUGGCAUUCAAUGCCCUGUUGAUUUGUGCAUCAUUGUAACCGUUCAUUUGCAGCGCUUCCUUAACAUGUUUAAUUUCGCUUCUCAGACUAUCACCAUCUGAUACUUUCUUAUCCCGAUGAAUGAGCGUCUUGAUGAGAGCAGAUUUUUGUGUGGGGCGAUGGUGUGACUGCAUUCAGAUAGGCGUCGGUGUGCUUUUUCUUUUGGCAAAUGCUGUGUUAUUUGAUCAUUUUGACCCCGUCCGAGCAGAAUAUCCAGAAAUGGUAGAGUUCUGUCAGCUUCCACUUCCAUGGUGUACUGGAUGGAUGGGUUUUGCGAGUUGAGAUUUAGAAAUUCGUUAAGUUUAUCUUUGCCGCGUGGCCAGACCACCUUUGUGUCAUCCACAUCUAAACUAAACAGAGUGUUUUAGUGUGCUUGAAGCUAUUGCUUUUGUUUCAAAAUCUUCCAUGUACAAAUUCGCUAUCACAGGAGAUAAAGGAGAGCCCAUUGCUGCCCCUAGCAAGAAAUAGAUGUUCUUUAGACAGUGUUCAGCUAGUCUUGGGCUAUAUUUGGCUAAACCUAUGUUCGUUACCAGAGUGUCGAGUAAUUUAAUUGACUCGUUUACCGGAACCCUCGUGAAAAGAGAAGUCGCAUCAAAACUUACGAGGCUAUAAUUAGAGUUAAGCUUAAUAUGUUUAAUUAUAUUUCCGAGAUGUUCAGAGUUUGUGAUGAACGAAGAGGUCCUACCGAUGUUGGGCUGUAUUUGUUUCCUUACGUAUUGUGUUAAUUUCUAUUUGGCAGAGCCUAUUGUACUAUGGUUCUUAAUGGGACAUCAGGUUUGCGAAUCUUUGGUAGCCCAUAAAGUCAUGAUGGUUUUGAUGCCCUUGGUUUGAUCAGGAAUUGCUCUUCCUUGUGUAGCCGGUAUGGGCUUAAUGUAAAUGACCCACAAGUAUAAUUGUGAAUGAAUAUAAUAAUGACCAUGGAUUAAGCCCAUAGGGUCACGUGGGUGCACAGUAGGCCACGCCCACCAGUAGAGUAAUUAAUUCAGGGUACAGGACGCCUAUUCAGAUUCAGGUAGAUGUCGUACAGACGCACGAAUGCUCCUCAGAAGAACACUUUGAAAUAAAGAGUUGCAGUCACACAAUCCUAUGGUGUCCCUUGGUGGUGGAGUCAUCCAAUUCUCAGGAGGGCAGAUCACAACGCAGAGUAUCCACUCAUCGCCUCCGAACUCAUCUACUAUAAUUGUUUUUUUUGUACUCAUUAACCGGCCUGACCCCUCGUAAUGAACACGGGAGGAGAGGGAUAGGGCGGGCCGGUUACACUUGGUGCCGUGACUCUUUUCCUUAUAAGCCAUUGUCAUUUGGCAGCCGAGGUUGUGUUGCAGAAAACCCUAGAGGAAACCUUCAAAAGGACUCAUCAACUCGGGGACCCAUGGGAGGUCAGGAGACCACCGACACAUUGCACAUAAGGAGGCUGAUCAAUAGGUUGGACAGGGUCUUGGAGCAGCAGGUACAAGUGUCUGGGAUGGGACAACAUCUGAUGAGAGGAAACCUAUUGCGAUUACUCAAGGCGUGUGGUGUGUGCAAUGAAGAAAACCACACAACACUACUGCACUGCAGUAGGGCCAACUUUUGUUUGUUGUGCUUUGCAGCUGGUCAUUGGAAACAGGUUCGCCCCCUACAGAACAGACGGACAGCAGAGGGACCAGGCAAUCGAAUGUCUUCACAUCAGCCGCCGUUAAACUAGAUCACUCGCUUCGCAAAGAGGGUCUGUGUGGGUGUUAAUAAUUCCCUCUAACAGGUUGAAGUCGACGUACAACAAUGGCAUGCUGAGGUCCAAGGAGCAUUGUCGAAGGACCACACACUAGUUAUCCAGGGAUCUCAGAGAACCCAAGACCUGUAUACCAGGAGAGCUAGUUAACAUUUCGCCACGGUGGAGUCAACUCUGCUAAUUGCAGGUGCGGGGAAAUGACAACAAACUAGACACACGACGCGUGCGAGUCGCACAAGUGCGGUGAAGACGUCGGCGGCGGCGAAACGUCGUACUCAGAUUGUGAUUGUGGAUUUACUCUCCAACACACCGGUGUGCUGUACUAGUGUAGAGAAAGUGCAUGUGUGGAGACAGUAUGUGUGUGGAGACAGUAUGUGUGUGGAGACGGUGCGGGUGCAAAGACAGUCCGUGGACUAGCGGUCACGAUCGGGAAUUACAGGGUUGAUAAAUAAGACGUCGAGUUGUCGCAAGGGGGAAUCGCCAUGGAAGUUCAGGAAUGGGCCAGAGAGUUCAAGAAAGGGGGCGUGGCCAGGGGCGGAGUGAGUGAUAAAAGGAGGCGACAAGCACGGUUCGGGCUGCCAUGGGAUCGGGGUCGUCUCCACGCCGUCGCUGUCUUCAUGUCGGUGCGGUCUUCGCGUUGCCGCUGUCUUCGCGUCAUCGUUAUUUGCGUGUCAUCCUUGUCCAAGUUAUCUGCGUGAAGCGCCCUAAUCAAAAUAAAGAAUGCCCUCUAUACUUUG